UCAACUCUAUCGAAUCGUCAAAUUAUUUGAUUAUGAAUUAUUCGAGUAGAAAUUUUAUUGAGUUAAACUUUUUUAACCUCGAUUUUCUUAAAUUUUGAGUUGUCGGUCUAUUUGGGCCAACCCACUCGAGUAAGAUCCAUAUGAUUUUUACGAAAUUGAAGGGGUUAUUAUUCACUACUUCUACUUCUGUUGAGGUAUAUAAUUUAGGGUUUCGCAGCCGUUUGUAAACCCUCUCACAGUCUCACUCAUUUCAUCGCAGCAGCAGCAGAAGAGAAAUGGCGCCGAAGAAGGGUGCGAAGCUUCCGGCAGCUGCCAAGAAGAAGGCGGAGAAAGUUGUUAACCCGCUGUUCGAGAAGAGGCCAAAGCAAUUCGGGAUCGGCGGCGCCCUCCCACCUAAGAAGGAUCUUCACAGGUUUGUGAGAUGGCCGCAAGUCGUGCGGAUUCAGCGCAAGAAGAUGAUCUUGAAGCAGCGCUUGAAGGUGCCGCCGCCAAUUCACCAGUUCUCGAAAACCCUGGACAAGAAUUUGGCAACUAGCCUCUUCAAGAUGCUUCUCAAAUAUAGGCCUGAGGAUAGAGCACAAAAGAAAGAGCGACUUUUGAAGAGAGCUCAAGCUGAGGCUGAGGGCAAAACUCCCGAGACUAAGAAACCAAUUGUGGUGAAGUAUGGGCUGAACCACGUGACUUAUCUGAUCGAGCAGAACAAGGCUCAGUUGGUUGUCAUUGCCCAUGAUGUCGAUCCUAUUGAGCUGGUUGUGUGGCUACCUGCUUUGUGCAGGAAGAUGGAGAUCCCAUACUGCAUUGUCAAGGGCAAAGCUAGAUUGGGAAGUAUUGUCCACAAGAAAACUGCCUCUGUUCUGUGCUUGACCUCAGUAAAGAACGAGGACAAGAUGGAGUUUAGCAAAAUCCUUGAGGCUAUCAAGGCCAACUUCAACGACAAAUAUGACGAGACCAGGAAGAAGUGGGGAGGUGGUGUCAUGGGAUCAAAGUCACAGGCCAAGACCAAGGCUAAGGAGAGGGUUCUUGCCAAGGAGGCUGCUCAGAGGAUAAUCUAAGUAGUCCAUUAGUUAGUGUCAAAUGAGAGAGCUCUUAUUCUGCAAUUGCUUUACCCACAUCAAACAUGAAUUUUGUUUUUGUUUGAAUGCAACGUUUUGUUUCUGUUUGGAGUACCCUUGGAAUAGACUAUCUAAAUGGAUAAAUCUUUGUUCCUCAA